CCCAUCAGGUUUGCGGCCGCCCCGCCUCCCUCGACAGCGCGCGUCUGGGCCAGCGCCGCACACUCGGCCCGCCGCCCGCCGCCCGCCGCGAGAGAUGUCGGAAGCAAGACCCGUCACCAGGGACCUGCUCAUGGAGACCCUGCUGUAUGAGCCGCUCCCUGGGCCUCUGUUGGCCACAGGGGCCUUGGCUGUGAUGCAUCCCUUCAGGGGAGAGGAUCUCAGUCCCCCAGGGGACACUGACCUCGUGGGCUGCCUGGAAGGCAGCAGCCUGAUGGCCCUGCGGCUGGCCUGCAUUGGUGAUGAGAUGGACCUGCGUCUCCGGGCCCCCCGCCUGGCCCAGUUGCCCGGGAGGGCCGUGCACAGCCUGGCCAUCACCUACAGCCAAAUGGGGCUCUGGGGUGUGCUCAGAAGCCUGACUCCUGGUCUCACCAGCCUCAGGGACAUGUGGCCCUGGGGACACCUAGCCCCCCACGCCUGGGUGUCCCCUGGCUGGGCCUGCAGGCAGCUGCUGCCUGUGGUGCUGUUGGUGCUGCUGCUCGGGAUCCUGCGCCUCCUGCUGCAGUGAGGCCCGGCAGGCAGGCAGGGCUGGUCCCUGUCCCCUCUGCCACCACUGCCCCCCGGGGGGCCACCGCCUGGCCAGCUUUGUUCUUUUUAACGGUAGUGUUUCGUGAAGAUCCUUUUUAUAUUUAAGCUCAACAGUGCUGGGACACUGCUGAGAUUUGUACUGGAGUUCGUUUUUCUAAGGAAUGAAUUCUUCCUACCUCUGGGCUGUUACUGGUUAACUGCCUGGCCUCCAACUGGCUGGGCCGCUCUUCCCGGCCCCUGGCCCCUGGAAGGAGCCUCCACCUCCUGGAGGCUGGUCAUGUGAAUGGCGGGGGUGUGCUGGUCACACCUGUGUCAGUGAUGCCCGAGGCACAAGGAAUCUACUGGACUAGAUUUCUGAGAGGUGCAGAGUUCAAUAAAAUGUUGAUUUCCAGCUG